AUGUCGCGGACGCAGAACCAGAGCCACGCGACGAGGUUCUACGAUGGGCAGGCGCUGCAGGAGCGCCACCCCGAUCUCUCCGAACCCUUCCACGGAGACGUCGUAAAGGAUGAGAUUGCGAUCGCGUUCGGUCGUCGGCACGUGCACAAGCUCGUGGAGCUCGUGAGCCUGCCCAAGGAGGAUCUGACCCCGGAGAAGCGGGCCACCGCUCUGCGCUACCUCCUCGGCGUGCUCACCAAUCAGGAGUCCAAGGCUGAGGCGAUCGGAACGAACGUCGCCGCACCUCUCGUGGUGCACAUAACGGACGACUCCGACGACGUGAGGAGGAUCGCGUGCGAGGUGAUGGCGUCGCUUGCCACCUCUCGCGACGGGAGGACCAGUCUCAUCGCCGCCGACGCGGUGACCGCGACGGCCAUGAAGAUGCUCAAGGACAGGAACCCCGAUGUGAGGGGCGCCGCGUGUUCCUUCCUCGCGGCGUUCUCGUCCGCGCACGACGGCGCGAGGCACGUGCUCGAGGCUGCGGACGGGAGCGUGUUUGAGAAGAUUGUCAAGCUGUUGGACUACGAUUUAACGCCAACGAGCGCCAAGACGAGCGCGUGCGAGACGCUCGGAGGGUGCACGCUGACCGACGAGGGCGUGCACGCGGGUCUGGAGGCGCGCUUACCCAAAGCGCUGCUCCGCGUGCUGGACAGGGAGGAGGCGAGGAUGAGCUCGGAGCUCAGAACGCAGGCGGCUCGCGCGCUGAAGAACCUGUGCCAGGUUGAAAUCGGGAGGACGCAGUGUUUGGUGGCGGGCGCGGUGAAGGCGAUGGCGCCGCUUCUGAGGAACACGGACGCGGACGUGCGAUUACAGGCGUCGGGGUGUUUGCAGGCCAUCGCGCUGGAGAGGGAUGCGAAGAUGCCCGUGUGCGAGGCGGCGAGGGUCAACCUGGUGAUGCUGCUGAGGGAUCCGGUGGUGGGCGUGGUGCAAAACGCAGUCGCCGCGAUUCGAGCGUCGAGCGAUUUGCCCGACGCGAGGCGAAAGUUCUUCCCCAUGCUGGCCCCGAAGGACAAGGAUCACGUGUUUCCCAACCAUCACACGUGGUCCCGAGACCUGCGCGGGCCCUUGUUCUAG